AUGCCAAUGAAGCUAUCUUUAUUCUACCGAGCUUCGAGUCUUUCCCCGGCCCACGCCGAGAAUCUCUCUUCCAACAUCGCACAAGCAAUCCAGCAAGUCUUGGCUCAUCCUAACGAGUGCAUCAAAAACAUAGAACUUGUUAGCCCCCUGAACAAAAGCGCCAUUCUCAGCUGGAACAGAACAGAGCAGAAAGCGAAAUCUUUGCUUGAGGUGAUACAUAGACACGCAAAAGACCGGCCCGAGCACCCGGCCAUUUGUGCCUGGGACGGCACAGUGUCCUACUCGGAACUAGAGGUGCUUUCAACGCAGUGGGCAUGCUACCUCCGGAGGCAAGGAGUUAAACCGGAAUGCUUGGUUCCUAUCAUGAUGGACCAUUCCAAGUGGGCGAUCAUUGGCGAGAUAGCCAUAUUGAAGGCCGGGGGUGCCUUUGUACCAAUAGACCCGGCGCACCCAGUAUCCAGACUGGAGAGUAUUAUCCAACAAACCGAGGCGAAAAUUGCUCUCUCGUCCGCCCAUCUCGUUGAUAAAUUAUCAAGCCUUGUUGACACCGUUAUUGCGAUAUCGGACGAGACAACAUCAAGUCUUCCAAAGGCCCUCCGGGAUACUGUCAAUCCUGUCGGAUUUGAUCGCACAGCUUAUGUUCUUUUUACAUCUGGGAGCACUGGGCGGCCUAAGGGAUGCGUUGUGAAAUACAGGGCGCUGAGUGAUGUAGUAAAUCAGACUACAGCACUCAAAAUAGGUCCUGAGAGCCGGGUCUUACAAUUCGCCUCGUACACCUAUGGCAUGUCUUUGAUUGAGAUCCAUUGUACGCUCGCGGCUGGAGCUACCAUAUGUGUACCGUCAGAGGACGAUCGAUUGAAUGCCUUGGACAGUGCUGUUCGAUCCAUGCGCAUGACUUGGGCCAUCUUAACACCAUCAACAACGUUAUCUAUUGCUGAAUCCGUGAAAUGCUUGAAGACGCUAGUUGUAGCAGGAGAACGCAUGGGUAUCGGUCAUUUUCGCUCUUUGGCAGACAAGGUGGAGCUGCUCCAGGCAUUUGGAUUGACUGAAUGGAGUGGAAUCUGUUGUGUGUCACAACAGAUUAGCUCCGAAACCGAUAUGCGAGUUAUUGGUCGUUCACCUACGGCGAAUCUAUGGCUCGUAGAUCCCAUCGACGGCAAUAAACUGGCUCCAGUGGGGACGGUUGCUGAACUACUGGUUGAGGGGCCAGCACUGGCAGACGGCUACCUAGGGGAUACACAACAGACAGCCUCAGCGUUCAUCAAGGGUCCUCCUUGGCUUCCGGUAUUCACUGCUGCCAGGCUUUAUAAAACGGGUGACUUGGUGCGGUAUACAGCCGAUGGGAACCUUCAGUAUAUUGCCCGAAAAGACAACCAAGUCAAGAUUAGGGGGAUGCGGAUUGAACUUGGGGAGGUGGAGUACCAGAUCCGACGGGCAUCCCCUCUGUUGGAAGAAGCAAUUGUGGAAACCGCUGCCACAAAGAAUUCUAACGGGAUUCCAGUUCUCGUGGCCUUCUUGUAUUCGGGCAGCCAAACCGACUCAUCAGGACAAUCUUUCGUGCAUAUGAUCGACGUCAUUAAGCAAUCCCUGGCGCAGACUUUGCCAGAAUACAUGUGGCCCAGCGUCUUUGUCCCAUUACACUCGGUGCCGCUGACCAUCUCUCGAAAGAUUGAUCGGCAGGCUCUUCGCCAUCGUAUUCAAACAACGACACGUAAGGAGCUGGAGGUGCACCAAUCCUCAUUCGCUUCCAUAGCGACGCCGCAGACCGAUCUGGAAAGACAACUACAUCGGUUUGUUGCUGAGGUGCUGCACCUGGAGCUGCCAUCAUUUGGCAUGCGUCAGAGUUUUAUCAGUGUAGGUGGUGACUCCGUUACAGCUAUGCUUUUAGUCAACAAAUGCAAGAAGCAUGGCUACAGGGUGACUGUUGCGGCAAUCCUCCAAGCGCAAUCCCUUUCCGCUAUUGCCUCCCUGCUUCAAACUUCGAUGCCAACGGCAGACCCAGGAUCCUCGCACAGAAAGACAACCGCAGUAGAAUCGCGGUCAAAAAUUCCUUCCGCACCGAGCGGGUAUGCACCUAUACCCAGGCUUUCUCAUUCUAGGCCUGUCGAACAAUCAUUCUCGCAGGCGCGUAUAUGGUUCCUGGAAGAGCUUCAUCCUGGAUCGACUUGGUAUCUCCUGCCGUACGCAACGCGGUUACAAGGCUCACUCCAACUGGAAGCACUGGGAACCGCACUUUCCGCUCUGGUAGAGCGUCACGAAACACUCCGAACCACGUUCGAAAGCCGGAAUGGCAUUGCAGUGCAAAUAGUCAGCCCAUUUCAGGGCAUACAAUUGCAAGUAGUUGACAUACCGUCUGGCUCUAAUGCCGAGCUCCUGACGGCCCUCUACCAGCAACAAAUGACGCCAAUCGAUCUCACCAAAGAGGCCUGGCGAUUCACAGUAUUCAAACUCUCCCCCAAGGAUCAUGUUCUCUCAAUCGUCCUGCAUCAUAUUAUAUUCGAUGGCUGGUCAUUCGAUAUCUUUAUGAAAGCGCUGGGGGCAUACUAUUCUACUGCUAUCCGAGCUCUGCCGCCACUCAGCCAAGUUGAACCCCUUCCAAUUCAAUAUCGUGACUUCUCCGUCUGGCAACGACAAGAGCAGUCCAAGGUGAACCAGAAGCAGCUAGCCUACUGGGUGAGCCAGCUUGACGGUAGUCAGCCGGCCGAGUUUCUGUGUGAUAAGCAGAGGCCAGCUAUGCCUUCAGGUAUAGCCGGUUGCCAGGAUGUCAAAAUAGGCGACUCGCUUUACCAAGACCUACAGCGCUUUUGCAGGUCUAAGGACGUAACACCCUUCACCGUUCUUCUAGCUGCAUUCAGAGCCACGCAUUAUCGUCUGACGGGGGCCAAUGACGCCACCAUUGGCAUUCCAUCUGCAUCUCGUACUCGACCAGAGCUGGAGGAACUCAUUGGUUACUUCGGCAAUGUACAAUGCAUUCGGACAAAGAUUGAAAAUGAGAAUCAAUCCUUCCACCGACUAGUCUAUCAAGUCCAAUCAGCGACCACUGCGGCCUUCGAGAAUCAAGACGUUCCGUUUGACCAAAUUGUAUCAAAAUUGCUCAGGGAUCGUGAUGUAUCUCGCCAUCCAUUAGUACAGGUUACCUUUGUUCUACAUACACAGGCAAAUUUUGGAGAGCUUCAUCUGGAGGGCUUAAGGACUGAACAUCUUCGCCUUCCACAAGUCUCCAGGCUAGAUCUGGAAUUCCACCUGUAUCCAGGUCAGGAUUGUCUCCAGGGAAAUAUACUUUACGCGGAAGACUUGUUCUAUCCUGAGAGUAUCCAUACAAUGCUCUCUGUCUUCUACGAUGUUCUUCGGGCGGGCCUCUGUCAGCCAGAAACAGAUAUUAGCUCACUACCACUGACAGAUGGUUAUCCGUCAUUCUGCGAGCUAGGCCUGAUAUAUUCUGAGAACGAGUCUCGUUCGCAGGGCUUGAGUAUUAUCGACAUAUUUUAUCAGCAGGUUGCCGCUCAUCAAGACCAAAUAGCUGUCAUAGAUACCGAUACACAACUAACCUACUAUGAGCUGGAUCAGAAAUCCACCAUGCUUGCCACUUGGUUAACAGAUCGCCACUCAUUCGCCAUGGAAACACCUGUCGGUGUAUUCGCCAACCGAUCAUGUGAGAGUAUCAUUGCUAUCCUAGGUAUACUGAAGGCAGGCCUAGCAUAUGUUCCACUGGAUAUUGACGCUCCCAUCCAACGAAACGAGACAAUCCUCUCAUGUCUUCCGAGCUGUCACCUUGUCCUGGUAGCAUCGGGUCUUACGGCACCUCCCAUCUCUUCACAGAGCACAAGAUUUGCUUAUAUCGCAGACUGCUGUUGCGAGGCGGCCGAGGAAGCCAACGGAUUUCCAAGAGCAACUCCAAGCCCCUGUUCGUCUACAAGUCUGGCAUAUGUUCUGUUCACAUCCGGUACAACCGGGAAGCCAAAAGGAGUGAUGGUGGAACACGGUGGUGUAAUUCGGCUAGCGAAGGACCCAGAGAUCGUUACCCACUCGGUGGAGUGUAAGGCUGCACCAUACAUACUGAAUCCUGCCUUUGAUGCAUCAGGUUUCGAAGUAUAUUCAACCUUAUUGAAUGGCGGAACGUUGGUGUGCAUUGACAAAACGGUAGUCUGGGACUAUACUGCGCUGCAAGCCACCCUUGUCAAGCACGGCAUCCGACGCGUCUGCUUCACCACGGCUAUGCUGAAACAGUGUCUUGUCUCUUGCCCAGCCAUCAUGGGCUUGCUAGAUAUUCUGCAUGUUGGCGGGGACAAGCUUGACCCCAAAGACGUCGUCAAGGCGAGGCGGUUUGGAACGCCCAGGAUUUUCAAUCUCUACGGACCGACGGAGAAUUCUAUCGUCAGUACAAGCUACGAUAUCCCGAUGGAUGAGGCGGGCAUUAACGGUAUCCCUAUUGGUCGAGCGAUCCACAACUCUGGAGCCUAUGUGAUGGACCCCAACCUCCGGCUGGUACCCAUAGGUGUGAUGGGCGAGCUGGUUGUUACCGGUCUCGGGCUCGCCAGAGGAUAUACCGACCCUGAGAAGAAUGUAGGUCGCUUUAUGACUAUACAUAUCGGUGGGAAAGCAGUACGUGCAUACCGAACUGGUGACAUGGUACGAUACAGGCCCAGUGACGCCCAGCUGGAAUUCUUCGGCCGCAUGGAUCAACAAGUCAAGGUUCGGGGACAUCGCAUCGAGCUGGCUGAGAUUGACAAUACGCUUCUUCUAAACAGCUGGGUUAACGCUGCAAUAUCUGUUCUGCAGCAAGCACAGGACGAUCAGGACCCAGAACUUGUCAGCUUUGUCACAGUCCAGGACGCGGGGUCGCCGUUUGAGAAACAGAUUGAGAAUGAACAUGUGAAUGCCUGGAGAAAUAUUACUGAUGGGGAGGAUCAUUAUGGCAAUCUUGGCGCCAUUCAACGAGACACACUAGGCAGGGACUUCCGGGGCUGGGUCUCAAUGUACGAUGGCGAGGCAAUUGAUGAACAAGUGAUGCACGACUGGCUAGAAGAUACUAUUGCAACAAUACUCCAAUGUGGCCCAACGACGGUGUUAGAAAUUGGAACCGGGACUGGAAUGAUCCUUUUUAACCUGAUUGGCGAUCUACAGCGGUAUUUUGGCUUGGAGCCUUCCAGUCAAGCAGUUGGAUUUGUUCAAGAGGCAGUUACUCACUGGGUUCCGGAGGCUGCGAGAAAGGUUCAUAUACAAUGCGGCACAGCAUCAGAGCUUGCAGAUGUGAAGGGUGCAGGACCAAUUGAGCUCGCAAUAAUCAACUCAGUGGUCCAGUACUUUCCCUCUCUCAGUUACCUCAUCAAGGUCAUAAAGGACCUCAUACACCUGCAGGAUGUCAAAUGCAUCUACUUUGGGGAUAUCCGAUCUUAUGCACUUCAUCCGGAAUUCCAAGUAAGCAAAAUACUGCAUCAAUAUGGCCACACAUUGACCGGAAGCGAAUUUCGGCAAAAGAUGACUGAAAUUGCCCAGCGGGAGAAAGAGCUUCUUGUUGAUCCGAUCUUCUUUACGGCAUUGGCAAGUGAAUGGCCGGACCUGAUUGAACACGUCGAGAUAUUACCCAAACAGAUGAAGACAACAAACGAACUCAGCUGUUAUCGUUACACAGCCAUCUUGCACGUCAAACGCUCGAGCCAUCCAUUGCUUGUUCGGGAGGUCGAGCAAAGCUCAUGGGUUGACUUCAAAGCUCUGCAACUGAACCGCCAAUCCCUCUCCGAGUUGCUGACGACAGCCAAGGAUUCUUCGAUCCUGGCUGUGAGCAACAUUCCCUACGCGAAGACCAUCGUGGAACGACGAAUGGUUGAUUACCUUCGAGAUUCGCCUGUGGGAACUGGUUCUGCCGGUUGGAGUAUGAAUGUCUGCAAGCAAGCCCAAGAUUGUCCGGCAUUGGCGGCGGUUGACUUGAUCAAUCUCGCCCAACAGACAGGAUGGCAGGUUGAAAUCAGCUGGGCCCGACAACGCUCGCAGCGUGGCGGACUGGACGCUAUCUUCCACCGUCUUGAACCCCGUCACAAAGGAGCACGGGUGAUCUUCCGAUUCCCAGUGGAUCAACACCAGCGCGGACUGACUGGUGCAUCCAGUAAUGAUCCCCUGGCGCCGCAGCGGAACCAGAGAAUUGAAAAUCGGUUGCUGGAGACUCUACGCGCUAAGCUUCCCUCAUAUAUGGUGCCUAAGAUGGUUCGUGUGCUGGACCACAUGCCCAUUAAUACUGUCGGUAAGGUUGACAGGCAAGCUCUCGCGCAAAGAGCCGAUAUCGCUGCGUCUGGCAAAGCCAUGAAAAGAAAAUCUUUGAGCAGGAACAAUAAUAUGUCAUUCGCAAAUGGCAUUGAGCGUGUGCUGUGGGAAGAGUUCAUCAGUGUGCUUGGAAUGGAGGUUGGAAUCAUGGAUAGCUUCUUCGACUGCGGCGGGCACUCCAUGAUGGCUAUUAAAUUGGUCUCUAGGAUCAAUAAGCGACUCCGUUGUAGCCUCCGAGUGAGUGACCUCUUCCAGUGUCCAAGUAUUUCUCGUCUUGGCGAGCUGGUUCGGGGCUGCUCCGGAUUAAGCUCCAGUUCUGCCGUCGCCUAUGAACCUUUCUCUCUUCUUGAUGGCAGCCUCUCAGGGUUGCAAUCGUUCGACUCUUCCCACUACGCCGAGAUGCAGCUGCCUCCAGACACUGACAUCGUUGAUAUACUACCCGUGACAGAGUGUCAGGCUUGGUUCCUCACUGACUGGAGUCCGGUGUCGCAUACCUUCACUAUCUCUGGGGAGCCGGAUGUUGAUCAGUUGCGUGCUGCCUGUCAGACAGUCAUGCGGCACCAUGCUAUCUUACGCACCGUGUUCACCAAGCUCCAAGGCCGGCUGGUUCAGGUCAUCUGUGGAGCUGUCAAGGCCCCGUUUACCCACGAGUACACGGGCCGUGUCUUCCACGAUACCAAUGACGCCGUAGCGUUCGCCCCACCCGGGUUAUCGACGAGGUUUGUGCUGACCUCUCGGUCUGGAAGAGAGCAUACCUUUACUUUGCAAUUAUCCCAUGCUCAAUAUGACGGGCUUUCGUUAUCUUCGAUCCUGUCUGACAUAGCAUCUGCAUACGGCGGCUCGUCGCAGUUGCCUAGCACAAUACCCUUUUCCCACUACGUACAUGGUUGUGCUUUAUCUCGCUCGGGGGAUGCACUGGGCUUUUGGAAACAGUACCUAAAGGGUUCUGUUUUGACUGCAAUACGCUCUUUAAACAGCGCGAUGAAAGGCCCGCCUGUGGAUAUUAUACGAGAAGCAGUGGGCGAUCUCCUUCCGCUGCCUGACAUUACAUUCCCAACGAUUGUUAACGCAGCAAUCGCCAUCACACUUGCCGGCCUGGUCAGACGCAACGACGUGACUUUUGUCUGCGUCAUGAGCUCGCGCGAUACACUUACUCAAGGGACCGACACUCUCCUAGGGCCCUGUGUCAAUCGCACGCUCAUCCGCGUCCAAUUAACCCCCGAAUCCGAUGCUCUGGAUUUCUGCCGUAACUUGCGCGACAAUCAAGCUCGAGUCUCUACACAGAGCCAUUUGGGAUUGGAUGAUAUUAUUGAGAACUGUACCGACUGGUCUUCGAGUGAUCGACUUGCCCCCUUUGUGACUCACCUCCCAGCAGGUACAGCGACACCCUCAUUUUCAUUAUCGGGGGCAAGAGUUUCAUACAAGUCAACGGAUGUGCGCAUCAAUCCCAGGAACCAGGUCUUUGUUCGCUCGACGACCACAGACCAACAACAAGCAUGUAUACAGGUCCAGGCCUCAAGCGCUGUGAUGGACGGCAAUACGGCUUCAUCACUGGCUUCCAGGAUUUUGACGACUGCCCAGGUAUUAUCUGGGUCUCCGGAAAGGAACCUUCGAUCCAUGGGGAUCCUGCAGUCCCCAGAUGAGCAGAAAUAG